CAGGAGCGCUUCCUGGCAGGACCGGAAGGAGAAUCAUGUUCCUGCUGAGCCAGACAGAUUUUGGUUCUUUAGUGAUAAUAAAUGUGUAAUGAAACGUUAAAUAUGUGUUUGCUUUAUAUUUGUGUCGUGACAUCAGGUUCAGACGCGACAGGAAGAGUUCAGUGAACUAGUGAAGGGUUUAGUAUGAUGGACUGGAGCUGAAGCUAAAGCUAAUGCUGGAUUAUACAGCUCGCUUCUCCUGAAGAGUGUUAAACAGCGACGCGUUCGAGAACAGCAGGAGUAUCCGCCCUCAGCCGUUCCUGAGCGGCUCAGAUGAGCUCCGGAUACUGAAGCGGCUCGGUGACGGUAAACAGGCCGCUGAGCGCCGCAGAGACUCCGGAGCCGCUCGGCGAUGAGCCCGCAGAAGAAGAUGAAGAAGCGGAAGGAGCUCAACGCGCUCAUCGGCCUCAGCGACAGCCGCAGGAAGAGCAAGCAGAGCGGCGGACACCGGCUGCUGAGGACCGGCACCGACACCGGCUCCGGUACCGAGAGCGAGACCGAGUCCGGGGCCGAGGAGCGGGGCUUCGGCGGCGGCCGCGGCCUUCUCGGGACCAGGAGCUCGGUCCAGUGCUGCUCUCUCUGUUAUCCUCUGUGUGUGUUCGUGGUCCUGGCCGCGUGUGUCAUGGCCUGCGCUGGACUCAUAUGGAUGCAGAUCGCCCUCAAAGAGGACCUGGACUCCAUGAAGGAGAAGAUCCACAUCAUGGAGAGCAGUCAGAAGCUGUCUUCUCAUGAGAUCCUGAAGCUCAGUGAGGACCUGAAGGCCAAACAGGUGAAGCUGGACGAGCUGGAGAGUGGAGACCGAGGCCUGACCAGACUCUGGUCCAACCUAAGCGAGAUCAACCAGAAGCUCAGCACUCUGGACUCUGCUGUCAAUCACCUGAAGACCAACAUCAGGUCCUCCUCAGAUCUGAUCACACUGCCCCGCACCAUAGAAGAGCUGCAGAAGAGCGUGGCCUCCAUCGGCAGCACCGUCACCAGUCUCCAGCACGAUGUGUCUCUGAUUCAGUCUGUGGUGGAGGAGAGACGGAGAGGAGAUGAUCAGCUGAAGGAUAAUGGAGAGAAACCUGUGAACGGCAGCAGCUGUGUGUCUCUGAAGCAGGAGCUGCAGCACCUCCAGGAUGGUGUGAAGGAUCUGAACAGCUCUGUUCUGCUGCAGGAGUCCAGGUCGAGCGAGCAGAUCCAGAGCCUGCGCUUCGUUCUGUCGGACCUCAGCAGACGUCUGUCAGCGCCGGACCGGAGCGAGACCGGAGCCACGCCGGCGGCGGGCGACACACUUCAGACUCUUCAGAGCACCACAGACUCAGCAGGCUCUUCUCUGUCCCGUGGGCCCAGAUUUCUGUCCCGCAGACGUUAUAAACGAGGACAGAGUGCAGCGGUUCCUGAGAGAGAUGCAUUAAAGCAGUCUUAUUGUUGUACAAUCCACUAAAUUGACCUGAUGUUUCUGUCUGAAGUAGACGAGCUCCAGCGAGGAGGAGGUCAGUCCUGAUCCGGACCGCCGCUCAUUCAGACUCUCAUACAUCACCUGUGUCCUCUGCUUGACCUCUGACCUCUCAGAUCUGUCAGGAACAGGCCAGAAACCACAGGAAUGAUACUCGACCUGAAGAACGUGAAGCCGCUGUAAGACGUCGUUUUAAUGCAGUUUUAGUCUGAAUCUCAUUCCUGUAAUCACACACUUAAAUACGGCUGGUUGAUUGAUAUCUUACUACACUUGAGAUGAGCUCGUGCUCAUUUUACUGCAGUUCAUGUCUUCAUAAACACUGGUUUCGUUUUCUUUGACCAAAACUCCCAUGAUUCUCUGUGAACCGUGACCUGAUCUCACCAGUUUCACUCUUACGUAUUUAAAUAUUUAUGGGUCUCCGAAAUGAUUUGAAGUCAGUAUGAAGCAAGGAAAAUGAAGAUUAAUUUAUACUACAUCCCUGUCAGGUCUAGCAAUAAUAUGAUCCAUACAGUUGCUUUUAGUAAAAAUGAUCAGAUGUUUAAGAUAAUAUAAUGCCUGGCUGAUUGUCUUUUAUCAGGUUUAGUUUUUAACUUAAAAGCAGGUUGAGGGUAUUUCUGAUCUGUAGAUGAAUGUUCUCGUGUGUGUGUGUGUAUAUAUAUAUAUAUAUAUAUAUUUCUGGGUUCAGUGUCAAUCGUCUCUGCACUACUCUCACGGCCCUUUGGAAAUAAUAACGUCUCACAACUUUACUGUCGCUUUAUGAAAACAGAAAAAAGCUGUACAUAUUGUAGAAUGACAUUUCUAUGUAACUAAUUUGAAGCAGGAGGAAGAUGAAACUGUAUCUGAGUUUUGCAUGUUCCCUUGAAACAUGAAUAAAAGCUCCUUUUAUUUAAGA